AUGGAAAGCUCUAACUACUGGUGCUAUGGAUGCUCAAGUUUUACAAUUAAUUCUAACUAUCGCUGCAUUCAUUGUGGCUCAGAUUUUAUCGAAGAACGAAAUCAUUCUGAAGAAAUGCAAAGAAUUGAUGAGAAUCUGAAUAUGUUGCAGACCAGACUUUCAAUUCUUGUAAGCUCGAUACAACAGCUUACUGAAAGAAUCGGGAAUAUUGAUGCCAAGCACCCUUUAUCUGAAGAAAGAAUCGCCAGUUUAGAAAGAGCACAUGUAUCUGGCACCUGUUCUAUAUGUACUGAAGAUCAAAGUGAAAGUGUAGCAUCUGUUUUACUAUCAUGUGGGCACUCAUAUCACGAAAACUGCAUUACAGUAUGGCUUAGAAUCCAAGGUACAUGUCCUCAAUGCAGAAAACAAGUCUAA